CCAAGUAAACACGCAAGACCGAAGACUCAACGACCAUCAAAGUGUCUUGACCUCAUCAACUUCCUUCCAAAACUUGCUCCCCAAGUCUUCUCUCUACCCUCUCCGCCAUUAAUCUCAAUUCUCAACCUCCCUGCCUGCAAAAUCCUUCAUCCUCCGACCAUUUCUUCACCAAUUUCCCAUCAUCCAUGAAAACGGUGUUGAAUUCCUUACUGCAAAUCUUCCCCCAGAUCGAUAUGCGCAUACUUAAGGCUGUCGCCAAUGAGUUCCCCAUGGAUGUUGAUACUGCGGUGGAGUUCAUCUUCUCUGAUGUCAUUCCAAUUAUGAGUACUGAACCAGUGGAAACAAGUGUUCACGUUCAUGCUCAUCCUGCUCUUGCUCCUGAUGCACAGCAUCCAGCUACAGCAGCAGGAGCAACAGAUGGAAAUCUACGUGCUGAAGAAACAAGGGAAUAAGAGGAAGUUAAUCCAAUUGCUUGAUGAUGCUGAUGCUGAUUAAAUACUUCAAUAUUAUAAUUAAAUAAUUGUUUGUACUCUUAUUUUAGUAUUUAAAUAAACAAUCUUAAUCCAGACUUUUUCUAUGCAGUAACUUCAACUUUAAGAGACUCCAAUAUCUUAUCGUCGACAUCAAAUUUUAUGUCCUUCUUGUCUCUCCCGAUUUCUACAUACUCUUGGAAUCGCUCCUUUAGAUCUUCGGGGAGGUUAGUCGUGCCGGUCCAUCCUAGUACUUCCUUUGCGGCUCUUGGUUCUGCAUAGAAGUGCUGUGCCAUGUAUAGAACACAAGUCAAUUACUGUUUGGAGUUCAGAUUCCAUUAACCGGGAUGAUUGAUGGUCGCGGAACAUUACCAUAUUUCUGAAAGGAAAUGCUUUCCUAGCAUCGACUCCGACAGAUUUUGGAUCAUAGUGAACAAGUUUGAGCUCGCGGCCAGCUGCUUUUGCGCAAAGUUUUGCAAGGCCAUUGAAUGUUACAGCGCGAUCACUGACACAAUUGAAGAUUUUGCCAUUGGCAGCAAUGCUGUUCUCGACAGCCAGAGACAGCAUGCUCGACAAAUCCCUCACAUGUGAAAUGUUGGUCAGUUGCAUUCCUGAUCCAGGGAGUGGAACGGGGCGAUCACGAACAAUUCCUAUGAUUUAAAACAAGUUCAGUGAUGAAGUAAUAGUUUACUAACAACUUGGUUAUGAAUUAAGAGAAACCAUGGCAUUUAAGGAAGUUGAUAUGAAACAUAGUAAAGUGUUCUUACUAUCGAAAAACCACUCCUCACAGUCUUUGUUGUUUCCAGAUCCUAUCAUGUACUGUGGACGAAAUAUUGCAAAACUACUGAAAGAUAACUCUGCUAUAUAUUUCUCCACGCCUACAUGACUAGCAUCUUCUUUGACAAGAUCCUACAUUUUGUCCAUAAGAUAAGAUUGUCAUUAUCUGAGACAAGAUUCAACUAAACUUCAGCUGUAAAAUCGAAGGCAUUGCAGACUCAGAUGUUAACUUAGACUUCUAUUAAUCACAAAAGCAUAUACUUUUAUUAUUCA